AUGACUGAUACUUUCAAGAAUAUUGCCUCCACCGGUGUCUGUUCGGUCUCACCAGCCCAGCAGCACCAAACCAAAACCUUGGGAAAUACCAAGUCAACUGAAAACACCGUCGUGGUUCCAGCGAUGGCGUUCGAAGUUGGAAGAGUUGGAUUGCGCAAGCAGCUCAGCUUCUUCAAUGUGGGAAUCCGGGGGGUUGCAAAGAGGGUUCGAGAGUGCUUCCUUCGGCGAUCAGAGAAAUCUGUAGUCGAAAAGGCGUCCUUGAAAGAUGAAGUCGUUCAAACUGAGCCGUCUACUCAGUCUGUCGAGGAAUUCGAAGAAGAUGAGCAGGUGUGCCUUGCAGAGUUCGGAAUGGCAGCCGACCUCGCACGAUGGAAAUGGUCUGUUCCUGUCGUCGAGGUGGAAAUCGAAGAACCAGUGGCAACACUCGGUUCCAGCUCAAACAUAACAUCAUCGAUCGCCCAUGGGGUCGAAGAGAGUUUAGUUGAAGCAGCUCAAUGCAUGGACACUGGAAUUACUUCCAAAGUCGCUGAUGAGAUCGAGGAGCGUUUGGCUGCAUUAACAUCUUCAAUCGCCUUUGGCGUUGAAGAGAGUUCAGCGGCUAUAACAUCCGAGAUCCAAGGCACUGAGGAGGUUUUCAAAGUGGCACCGCUUGUCUUCUCAAAGAGAGCGUCCGCAACAGCUGCCCCUGGGGCUGAAGUGGUCGCUCCUCUUGGCUUGAGGAAAAAAGCAAUCUCCUCAGCUGCCCAUGGGGCUGAGGAAUGUUUGGUGAUUGCUCCUCUCUCUUUGGGCUUGGGCAAAAAGAAGAAAAAGCCUCUUCGGAGUGCUCUGAGGGGAACAACGGCUACAAACAGAGUCGUCUCCAAAACUGUUCGUUUUGAAGAUGACUCGAGGCCAUUGGCUUGGGGGGCUUGGCAGUAUCAUGCUGUCUUUCCUUUCCUUGCUGAUGAACCUCCAAAUUGCCGUGUGGGAUUGUCAGAGGUGGACCUGAAGCACCCGUCGCUUUGCAGUGGCGUGGUUGACGGAGGGCGAGCCUGGUACGAAGGCGAGUGGCGACCAUUUCCCGGGAAACCAGGUUAUGAAGCCCGCCGAACUCCGCCUGAGAUUAACGACGAGGGAACUCGUGCUGUGAUCAAAGUGCAGAGUGACGCAGCUCGCGAGGCCAACCGACCCAAAGGUCCUCGAGCUGAAUACUCGGAGACUGAUGACGAGGAUGACCUGGAGAGUGAAGUUGGGCUCUCUGAGUCCGAUGACACUCUCUGA